AUGGCGCGCGAAAAGGUUGACGGCGACGAGGACGAUUGCCCGCGCGCCGCGUCGCCGUGCCCGUUCCUCCUCGCGAUGCAAAAGGGCGCGAGCGACCUCAGCAUCGCGGACGAUUGGAUCUCGCCGCACGGCGCGACGUUCCAGGCGGUCCACGGCGAGCGCGGCGUCCUUCCGCUUCGGCGCGACGACGACGACGACGGCGGCGACGACGACGGCGACGACGCCUUCUACGACGCGAUCGAGUCGGCGGCCGCGCCCGCGACGCCGACGCCGCGCGCGCGAUGCCCGCUGCGCGGCCUCUUCGCGACGACGUCGACGCCGCGAUCGCGGUCGGGCGACGAGGAGGAGGACGAGGCGGCGGCGCCCGCGAGGAGCGACGCGUGGAGUUUCCGCGGCGCGCUCGCGCGGCGCGUCGCGUCCAUCUCCUUCUCCGCGCUGGGACGCGUCGGCGGCGGCGGCGGCGGCGGCGGGUGGCGGAAGCCGUCCGGCGGCGGCGGCGGGAACGGCGACGACGCGCGCGCGUCGAAGAAGACCGCCGACGGCGGUUCAUCUGCCUCCGCGAAGAACAACGCGCCGCCGGCCUCGAAGUCGUCGACGGCGUCGACCUCGGCCGCUUCCGCGUCCGUGGAGGCUUCGGUGAAGUCGUUCGCCGCGUCCAAGUGCCCGUUCGCGAAGGUGCCCGGGUUCGACGCGCUCGUGAAGUCGAUGUUAACGGCCGCGGAGCGGCCGUUCAAGUGCCCGGCGCCGAUCGUCGCGAUGCGCGCCGCCGUCGCCGCGCUGCCCCAAGUGAAACGGCUUCGUCCGGAGCCGUUACAGAGUAAACUCCUCGCGGUGGCGGCGACGGCGGCGUUCGUCAACGCGCCUCUGGGCGCGCUCCGAGAGCACACCGAGAAAUUUUCUUUCCAGUGGUUCGUCGCGAUACACGCGUCGAUUCCGUUCGUCGCGAGCUUGCGCAAGGCGGUGGGGAUGCCGAAGCUGGCGAUCCUGUUCACCGUCGCCGCCGCGGUGAUGGGGCAGUACGCGGGGAGCCGGGGCGAGCGCGCGAGACUGCGCCUCUCCGCGGCGGCGGGGAAAGAAAACCAAAACAAAAACCAAAACAUCCGAAACCCAAACCGAGACGCGUCCGCCGAGCGGCGGCGCGCGAAGAAGCGCGGCGCGCCCGAGGACGACGCGCCGCCGCCGCUCGGCGGUCGCGCGUCCUCGCGCCGCGUGCGCGUCGGCGGCGGCGGCGACGUCUCCGGCGGCGCGCGCUCGCGAGGCGGCGGCCUCCCCGGCUUGCCCAAACUGCGAGGGCUCGGGUCGCCGGUGUUGGCGUCGGCGACGGCGGCGGCGGCGGCGGCGGCCGGGGACGACGCCGCGCCGCGGCGGCGCGUCGCGGUGAGGUGAAGCGCGCGCGACGAGGGAGAGGAGAGCCGACGGCGAGAACCCCGCGUCGACGCGGCGUUAUGCCUAGGUGUUGUAAGAGAUGUACCAUCACGA